AUGGAAUACUCUCCACGCAACGGUCUGCCCCGCGUCUCCCGGGUCGAUGCCGGAACCGUCGAGCUGGUUCGCAGCAUGGGCACCGAAGUGGUCUCCUCCGCCGACCUGAUGCAGUACGCCACCCAGCGAUGGUCUCCCGAGCAGUUGGCGGGGCACGAACGCGCCGCAGAAAAGCUGGGCCGCAUCGUCAAUGAGGCCUUCACCCGCAUCGGCCAGCGCCUGGCCGACGGCCCCACCGAGUUCGAGAUUGCCGAGUUCAUCCGGCGGCGCUUCCGCGAAGAAGGACUGAUCACCGCCGACGGCCCCAUCGUCUCGACCAACGCCCAUUGCUCUGAUCCUCACUACGAACCCGCCCCCGAGGGGAGCAGCGUCAUCGCCCCCGGCGAUUGGGUCCUCAUCGACCUCUGGGCCCGGGAGGACACCCCCGGCAGCGUCUACGCCGACAUCACCUGGACCGCCUACGUCGGCGACACACCGUCCGAGCGUCACCGGCAGGUAUUCGACAUCGUCCUCGGCGCCCGGACGCCGCGCUAG